CUUUCCCAAAGAACACGUUGGACCGAUAUAAACAUUCGAUUAAUAAUUUUUCUUUUAUUAGAACUUGUGGAAAAAUAGAUCAUAAAAAUGUUGAAGAUCUUCGGAUCAAUUUUGAUUCUUUGCGUAGCAACAACAUUGACUUAUCCUACGGUCUUAACAAAACCAAAUGAAGAUGUCAUGUUAAUAAGAUUGAAUAGAGCUGCUGAUUUUCACUCUACGUAUGAACAUGGACAUGGACACCAUCAUGACAGCAGACCUCAUGGUGAUUAUCAUCAUGGUCAUUAUCAUGAUCAUUAUCAUGGACAUCAUCAUGGACAUGAAAGUGGACAUUAUAGUGGAUAUCGUAGUGGUUAUGGUAAAUAGGCUAGUAAACGUUUAGUACAUAACUCAUGCACAAAAAUGCAACUACAAAUAUUUUAAAAAUAUGUGGAAUAAUUUGUCGAAUAUAUAAAUUUUGUUCCAUAGAAUAUUCUUUUCAAGUAAAACAAUAAGAUAUUUAACAAUACUGUUACAAUAAAUUUACAGAAAAAAAAAAUUACAAUUCAAUUUUAAUAAUUCAUCUUACACUAAACUGCAACUAAUAUUGUAUGGAUUUGAAAUAAUCGCUGAUUUAUAAUAAUAACUAUACUUGAUAUUGUUCAUAAUUAUAAGUAAAAUAAAAUAUAAUAUUUGUGGCAUAUACGAA